AUGAAGUUAAACAUAUUCAUUACGAUAUGUUGGAUUUCCAUAAUUUCCCUAGUAUUUCCAACAGACGAAGUUAAACUUCAAAAGAAACCAAAGUGCGACGAUAAAACACAAGACAAAAAUCGUGUAGAGAAUAAGAGGACAACAGCUUUUGAAGUUGCCAAAAACCUAACUACAUUCGAAAAGGAGAAACCAAAGUACAACGGUCAAAAACAAAACAAAAAUUGUAUGAAGAAAAAGAGAACGAAAGCUUCUGAAUUUGCCGAAAACCCAACUACAUUCGAAAAGGAGAAACCAAAGUGCAACGGUCAAAAACAAAACAAAAAUUGUAUGAAGAAAAAGAGAACGAAAGCUUCUGAAUUUGCCGAAAACCCAACUACAUUCGAAAAGGAGAAACCAAAGUGCAACGGUCAAAAACAAAACAAAAAUUGUAUGAAGAAAAAGAGGGCAGUGGCUUCUGAAUUUUCAACAAACCCAGCUAAAUUCGAAAAGAACAAAGCAGAGUGCGGCAGUCAACCAUUAAAUAAAUGUAUAGAAAAGCUUAGAUCUACGGCUUCUAAAGCUGCUUACGAUUCUAGAGCAAACAAAAAGGAUAAUUUAGGUAACAUAAUAACAGAAGAAGUCAACGAAUCCUUAAAACAGAAAAAAUAUCAACAACAACUAUUCUUGUGCCAUGUUAACGAAAAAUUGAAGAAACGAUGGAAGCACUGUUUACGGGGUGAUGAGAAAACGCUACAUGCCAGAAAGAAAUAUCUGGAAAGUAUAAAUGACAAACCGGAAGCAUUCAAUGUUACAACAUACCUAAAUAUAAACUGAAUAACUAAAUUAUGAGUUUCACACUGUUUUACAAUAAACCUUGGUAUUUUCCUCUUAAAGUAUUCACUAGUUGUACCAGUUUCACAUUGUUUUGCGUUCCAACAAAUUAACAAUCAUCUCAUAUUAACAAUAAUUUCGAACAAUUUCCAACCAAUUAUUUCUUAUGUAUGUGCAUUCAGUUGCAUUCACCAAUGAACAAUUUUUAAUAAAGAAUUCAAAAAGUAACCAUUCUUUCUAUCAAACGCAUUAAAUAUACCACUGCCAUAUCAUACCCUUUAUUACACAACACUCAAUGUAACAUUCCGCUUCAGUAAACAGCACAUAGUGUGCCUGAUUAUACAUGUUUAAUCACAAACAUUCUAUUAGUUACGGCAGAACGAGUAUCAUUUCUAACAAUAGAGAAGAACCAAAAUGAAAUACAUCAAUUUAAAGCUUCUAAGCUCAUAUAACAUUCACCACAUAAUAUAUAAGAACGUUGAUUGGAUGACCUAUUCA